UCACAAUCUCAUUACAAAUAAACUGCAAAUGCAUCAUCAACAACUCCACCUUGAAUUGCAACAGCACCAGCAGCAACACCAACAAUUGUCCCUCAUUUCACCGCCACCUGGGGAUAAUUUAGAUGACACCUUUCAUAAUGACUUUGGUACAACAUCAUCGCUCACAAAUGACAUUAUUGCCGAUCAGCAUCAUCAUCAUCACACACACCAUCAUCAACAUCUUCACCAACAACAUCAGCAGCAACAACAACACCAUCAGCAUCACGAUAUAUCGACGUCACCACAUUCUGGCCGCAAGCCACGACGUAAUCGAACUACAUUCUCGUCCGGACAAUUAACAGCCCUAGAAAAGGUAUUCGAACGUACACACUAUCCGGAUGCAUUUGUGCGUGAAGAAUUGGCCACUAAGGUGGGCUUAAGUGAGGCUCGUGUACAGGUAUGGUUCCAAAAUCGUCGUGCCAAAUUUCGUCGCAAUGAACGUAGUUCGACCACAGGAAGACCUUUGAUGACAACCACACCACAGCCGGUGCCACCGAUAACAACGGCCCACAAAUAUUCCCCAGAAAAGGGGGCUGCUGUGUUGCUGCAACAGCAAAUGAAUUUGGCACAUCCCCAUCAUACACAUCACCAUCAUCAUCAUGCAGCUGCAGCAGCGGCGGCAUAUUCAUUGAGUUUUCCAUCUGCCUUGGGAAUGUAUGCAACGACCAAGAACUAUGUGAACACUUCGUAUAACACCUUUGCAGCGGGAAGUGCAAAUAGUGCGGCCGAUGGUUUAACCGGUCCUUGUGGAUUCUUUCCCACCUCCAACUAUUGUGGGCCGAAUUAUCAGCCAAAUUAUUCAUCGUUGCGUUAUAAAACGGCUCAAGGAUUUUCGGGACUUUAAAGAGAA